AUGCCCAAUCACAUCAGUGAAGGCUCACUUUACAGCAGUGUUAUGGGCGGACCACUUCCAACGUCCCUGGACUCAGCCUCCCCUGUGAAAGAAGUGCUGGUACUCUCGGAGGCCACCACUGAACCGGGAUUCUGUGCUUUCUAUGAGGAGUGUGGACGUAACCCCUCUGUAGGAGAGACCCUCAUUCCUCCUAUUGUCCCUUGUCUCGAUCCAAGCCCCGCCCGACACCUCACGGGGGAACACUACAGGAGGUUCAAACAGGUGUGUCCCAUGUUAGACAAUGGUGAGGGCAACACAUUUGCCUGCUGCUCCAUGAAACAGCUUUCAUCUCUGGAGUUGAGCUUGACGCUGUCCAAAGCUUUGCUGGUCCGCUGUCCUUCCUGCGUUGAUAACUUUGCCCAUCUGCACUGCAUCAACACCUGCAGCCCCAACCAGACGCUGUCUGUAAAGGUCACAAAGGUCAUGAACAUCACUUACCUGGGCAAGCCAAAGGAAGCAGUGGUGGCCUACCAAUCAUUCAUGAGCACCACCUUUGCAGAUGCCGCCUUCCAGUCCUGUAAGAAUGUCAGGAUUCCAGCCACAGGAGGAUUUGCCAUCUCCACCAUGUGUGGUCGGUACGGUGCCAAGCUUUGCACCCCUCAGCGCUGGUAUGAUUUCCAAGGGGACUCCAGUAAUGGCCUGGCUCCACUGGACAUUGAUUUUCAACUGAUUAAGGAAGGAGACACUGCAGGGCUGCCAGAAGGUGUGAUUCCUUACAAUGGACGAGCUCUGAAGUGCAACGAGACAACGGCAACAGGUGGUCAGGUCUGCUCCUGCCAAGAUUGCGAAGAGUCAUGUCCAAGCGUGCCGCCUCUUGCCCCGCCCCCAGCACCCUUCAAAUUGUUUGGGACCAAUGGAUUCCUUGUGAUUGCUAUCAUCUUACUCUGCCUCCUGGUACUUGCUUUCAUUCUCUACCUUACUGUCUCUUGUUUGGUUGCUUCUAAAAAUGGAAAGGAUGAGGAGAAAGGAAAGAAGAAAGGUAAAAACAAAGACCAGAACAGUAAUGAUGUGACUCAGCGUAUCAUUCAACCAUCAGAGGUGACCUGUACCGACAGGAACAGCUUGGCUGCCCAAGCUUUCAUGGGCUUACAGUUCCAGCGUUGGGGAACCUUCAUGGCUUCUUAUCCCCUCAUGGUUCUCUUGGUCGCAGCUAUUAUUGUGAUCGUUUUCUCUGCUGGCCUCAAGUUUAUCAAGCUCACUACUGACCCAGUUGAGCUCUGGUCUGCUCCCAACAGCAGGGCCCGCCAGGAAAAAGACUUCCACGACACACACUUUACCCCCUUUUUUCGGACAAAUCAGCUGAUCUUGACAGCGCCACAGAGAAAAGGUCACAUUUAUGACUCGUUGCUGUUUGGGAAGCAGAACUUUAGCGGGCUCGUAUCUAAAGAUCUCAUCAUUGAGCUGCUGGAGCUCCAGACAAAAAUACAGCAAAUUGAGUUCUGGUCAGAGGAUCUGAAACGCACAGUAAAUCUGAAGGAUGUGUGUUAUGCACCACUGAACCCUUCCAACCCUUCCCUGACCGACUGUGCUGUCAACAGCCUGCCACAGUACUUCCAGAACAGCCUGGACAACAUUAACGCAAAAGUGAACAUGACUGAACUGGGAGUGACCAAAGAGGUAGACUGGAGAGACCACCUUAUCUACUGCCUCAACUCUCCACUGUCUUUCAAAGACAUCACUGAUUUAGGAAUGAGCUGCAUGGCUGAUUAUGGAGCGCCAGUCUUCUCGUUUCUGGCUGUGGGAGGCUAUAAAAACGAUGAAUUUACUAAUUCUGAAGCUUUCAUCUUGACCUUCUCUCUGAACAACUACAUUCGUGACAACCCCAAAUUCAAAGUGGCUUUGCAGUGGGAGAAGGAGUUUCUCAAGAUUGUCCAAGACUACCAGAAAAAUCCAGCUGCAAACUUCACCUUUGCGUACAUGGCAGAGAGAUCCCUGGAGGAUGAAAUCAAUCGAACAACAGCAGAAGAUAUCCCCAUCUUCAUGAUCAGCUAUGCUGUAAUCUUUGUUUACAUUGCUGUGGCCCUGGGGGAGUACAACUCAUGGAAACGCAUACUGGUGGACUCUAAGUUUUUGGUGGGUUUGGGUGGGAUCCUGGUGGUUGGCUGUUCUGUCCUGGCCUCCAUGGGUUUCUACUCGUGGAUUGGUAUCCCGUCCUCGCUGGUCAUCCUGCAGGUGGUGCCCUUCCUGGUGCUUGCUGUUGGGGCUGACAACAUCUUCAUCUUUGUUCUGGAGUAUCAAAGGGAUGCACGGCGGUCUGGAGAGACAAGAGAGGAGCAGAUCGGUCGUGUACUUGGACAGGUUGCUCCCAGCAUGCUCCUGUGCAGUCUCUCUGAGUCUAUCUGCUUCUUCUUAGGGGCCCUGUCCACAAUGCCAGCAGUGAAGUCCUUUGCGCUGUACGCUGCCUUGGCUGUGCUCAUGGACUUUGUUCUCCAGAUGACUGCCUUUGUGGCACUUUUGUCCUUGGAUGCUCGGCGCCAAGAUAGCAACCGUUGUGAACUACUAUGUUGUGUUUCUGUGUCAACACAACGUCCCAACAAGCCAAAUGAAGGCUUUUUACUGCCGUUCAUGAGGAAAUACUAUGCCCCCGUCCUGCUGCACCGCUACACCCGGGUCAUAGUGAUGUUGGUUUUCAUCUUCAUGCUUUGCGCGUCCUUAUUCCUCAUGCUAAAUGUGAAAGUUGGUCUAGAUCAGGAGCUGGCCAUGCCCAAGGGAUCUUACAUGCUGGACUAUUUUAAGUACUUGUACAAAUACUUUGAAGUUGGUGUUCCCGUGUAUUUUGUAACAAAGAGGGGAUUUGACUUCACAAAAGUGGAAGGCAUGAACGCAGUCUGUUCUAGCGUUGGUUGUGAUCAGUUCUCAAUGACCCAGAAGAUCCGUUAUGCCACAGACUACCCUGAUCGAUCCUAUUUGGCUAUUCCUGCUAACUCAUGGGUGGAUGACUUCAUUGACUGGUUAAACCCUGGCUCCAAAUGCUGUCGCCUGUACACCCUUGGUCCAAACACCGGAGAAUUCUGCCCAGCGAACAUAUCUGCUAUUCUCUGUGGACGCAAGUGUAUGAAGGCUCCUGCAGAUGGUGUCCUCAGGCCCAACGUGGACGAAUUCUACCGCUUCCUCCCCGACUUCCUGGGUAACAGGCCUGACCUGCAGUGCUCCAAAGGUGGUCUGGGAGCCUAUGACACGUCUGUGGUGAGGAAUGAAAGAGGAGAAAUAAUAGCUUCUCGGUUUAUGGCGUACCACACACCUCUGACCAACUCCCAGGAGUUCACCGCCGCUCUGCUAAGAGCCAGAGAGCUGGCCGCCAACAUCACCGAAAGCAUGAGGAAAGUUCCAGGAACCUCGCCUGACUUCGAAGUCUUCCCUUACACGAUCACUAAUGUGUUUUAUGAGCAGUACCUGACCAUCGUGCCAGAGGGACUCUUCAACAUCUCUCUGUGUCUGCUGCCGACCUUCGUGGUCUGCUGCCUGCUGCUGGGCUUGGAUCUGCGCUCCGGCCUGCUCAACUUGCUCACCAUCAUCAUGAUCACCGUGGACACUGUUGGCGUCAUGACAUUAUGGAGCAUCGACUACAACGCAGUGGCCCUGAUCAAUCUGGUCACGGCGGUGGGCAUCUCUGUGGAGUUUGUGUCCCACAUGACGAGGUCCUUUGCGCUCAGCAUCAAGACCACCCACGUGGAAAGAGCCAAGGAGGCUACAGCCAACAUGGGCAGUGCAGUGUUUGCUGGUGUUGCGAUGACCAACCUGCCCGGCAUCCUCGUCCUGGCAUUUGCCAAAGCUCAGCUCAUCCAGAUUUUCUUCUUCCGGUUAAAUCUCGUCAUCACACUUUUGGGGAUGGCUCAUGGACUCAUAUUCCUCCCUGUGCUGCUCAGUUAUUUUGGUCCUGGCGUAAACAAAGCAAUCCUGCUUCAGGCCCAGCAGACCAAACCGAACCUGGAGAUGACGAUCAAAAUGAGAGAAAUGUACGACAACGUUACCUACGAAGAGUCACCUGAAAUAAAGCAGGAGCCAGACUCACAGGUCAACAGUGAUGCCAGCAAACCCUCACAAACCAUAGAAAAGCAGGAAAGAAUUGAUAAUUUCUGAGCGUAAACCACAGAGACUGUUUUCUAGCUCCACUGAGUAAAACACUCGUUACGUAGAGCAAGAAUGGACACAAACAAGGACACCGAGCAG